AGUCAAGCCUGCGGGAUGGCACGGUUACUAUCCCUGGUGCUGCAGCCCUGCUCAGGGUUCCUCAGAGCCCUUGUCCUCCUCCAUCUCCUCUGUCUCAACUCAGACAAGAGCCUGAUGCCACGAACACUCGACAGCCAGAUCACGGUGGAGAAGACCCCCAGCUACUUUGUCACCAAGGAGGCGCCGCGGCGGAUCUUCAACAUGUCGCGGGACACAAAGCUGAUCGUGGUGGUGAGGAACCCGGUCACCCGUGCCAUCUCGGACUACACGCAGACUCUCUCCAAGAAGCCAGACAUCCCCACCUUCGAGGGGCUGUCCUUCCGCAACCGCAGCCUGGGGCUGGUGGACACCUCCUGGAAUGCCAUCCGCAUCGGGAUGUAUGCCGUGCACCUGGAGAGCUGGCUCCAGUACUUCCCCCUCUCCCAGAUCCACUUUGUCAGCGGGGAGAAGCUGAUCACAGACCCGGCUGGGGAGAUGGGCAAAGUCCAGGACUUCCUGGGCAUCAAACGGGUUAUCACAGACAAGCACUUCUACUUCAACAAGACAAAAGGCUUUCCUUGCCUGAAAAAAACAGAGAGCAGCAGCUCACCACGCUGCCUGGGCAAGUCCAAAGGGAGGACUCACGUGCAGAUAGACCCCGAGGUGAUAGAGCAGCUCCAGGACUUUUACAGACCUUACAAUAUCAAGUUCUAUGAAACAGUCGGGCAGGACUUCAGGUGGGAAUAAGCACCCGGGAGCAGAGCUGUGGUGACGUGGCACUGCAGUCUUCCACGAGGGUGGCCUGUGGGGGCCAGGGCUGGGGCCAGGCCCUGCAGCCAGCCUGUCCCUCCUGGAAACCCCAGGCCCAGGCGGGACGGCAGGCCGGGAUGCUGCAGGGUGAGCAGGGCUGGGGGAGCCCAGCUGGGGAAGACGCAGAGUCCUGCCGCAGCCACUGCAGGAUGGGUGCCAGCAGGCACUGCCCAUCCCAGCGGGUCGGCGCUGUGGUGGCCUGUGCUGUGGGGUCCUGCUCACUUGUACAGCCAUGUGGUCCUGGGCCACGGCGAUGGCCCCAACUUGCAGCCCGUGCACAGGCUCCUCCAGGGCACACCCCUCCUUGGCACCCCAAAGUGAACCAGGGCUCCCGGGUAGUCCCAGCCCCGGGGCGCAGAGGAGGCAUCGCUGUCUGUGGGGUCAGGGCAGGCAGGGCUGCAGCCGCUCUGCUUCGCCCAUCACUGCAGCACGGCGUGCAGCCACGAGGGUGGUGAGAUGUAUCUGCUUGAAGAAAAACUGUCUUUGAAAAAUGUUGUACCAAUAUUUUGUCCUGUGAAUAAAGCACAGAAUCCUGCUGUUACGGGUACUUUAGUGGCACUAGCAUCCUUGUUCAGCAUGUGAUCUCUUGUGUAAAUAAAAGCGGCUACCACCGGUC